AACCAAACCAAAAUGGCGGGUUAGUUGCGUGUUAACAUUGCUGAAGUCAUGAAUAUUUCAUGUAAACUUGCUAAGAACUAAACCCGAGAGAAGAUAAACUAAGUGAUCUAAUUAAUUAAUAGAUGGUGGUAAAAUGGCUACUGAUAACCCGAUCAGCUCACGGGAGAGUAUAAAUAAUCAAUUUAUUAUUGAUCACAACAUGAAUGAUUCUACCAGGGAUGGAAAUGUAAAAGAACUGCCUAUCAUCGAUGCAGCAAAACUUAAGGCAAGGCUGUACUCCUAUGCACCUCAACAGGCCUCAGUGAAUACCAGAGCUUUAAAUUUCAAAGGCGUAACUCGGAGUCAGGCUAGGAGAAUGAAUAUACCUAUAGCUCCAAAAAUAGAGCCAUUGCCUAGUCUACAGAGAUACCAGGAAAAAAAUCAACCUAGUUAUAUACAGAAGAAAAAUAGAGAAGCAUUGGAAGCUUCUGGAUUCACUUUUAAGGACGAAUCUUCAGCUGCUAAAAAACUACGAAGAUCAGGUUCAGUAGAUCCUUUAGAUAGACAUGAUGGUACUUGUUCACCUUUACCAGAAUUACCUAGUGAUCUUAAGCUUAAACAGGAACCAGUUAUACCUAGAAUACCGACACCACCUACAACUGUUAAAAUACAGGCUGCAACACAUGCUGCUAAAGCUUCAGUUCCAGCUUCUACAAAACCAAAAUUUGCUGAAACAUAUGAAGGUUUAAAAGAUCCUCAUAAAAUAAUCAACAUCAUAAAAACCAAAAAUAAUGUUGGAUUUUUAUAUCUUAGUCCAGCUGUACCAAAAUCAUCUGUCAAUUCACACUAUUACAAUCUAAAAGUUGUAAAUCAUGAACAUGUAAAUAAAUCUGAUCAUUGUACAAUAAGUAAGAAGGGUGUAACUAGAAUGAGAUCGGAUGAUGAAACAGAAUUUAUAACUUUAUCAAGAUGGGAGCAAGAAGUUAAUUACUUUCAAAAACUGACAAAGAUACCAGCAUUUGCUCUAUUUAGAAAAUGGAAAGCAUUUAGUGUUUGGCGUAAAAAUGUGCGAACAAAGAAAAUUCAAGGCUGUAAAAGAUCUCUUAAUUCUAACUUAUUUAUUGUUAAUGCUUCAUUACGACCAGCAUUAUUAAAUGUGCGAGAGAUGUGUCAUCGUAUCAGUGAGAUGGGACUAUGUCAGAUAGAUAAAGAUCAUACUUACACUUUAUCAGACUUUAGAGAGGCCCAGUUUAAUCAACUUAAUGAUGUUGCUGGAAGAUUACAAGAUUUCCGUGAAUUAGUUAAAGAAGUUGUACGUAGUGCAUGUAGAACAGCAUUAUUAGAGGCAGGAUUUACUCCUGAUGAUUAUUAUUAUGACGGUAUAGAAAGCCCAGGUUUAUAUGGUGAUAUGCCAGGUACAGCCUCUAGUUAUUUAAUGCAGAGUAACUAUGAUAUGGAUAUCUAUGGUGAAGCACCAGAUAAAAUGAAUUAUACAGAUCAAGCUAAUAAACGAGCUGAAUGUAAAAGACUUAUGUGUUUCAUUCGACUUGCUGACUAUUUGAUAGUUAACACUAUGCAUGUGUUGGCUGUCAACUCUGUAUCAACAUUACUGAACUAUUUAACAGAACAGUUACAAAAUACACCUACUUUAGCUCAAAUACAAGGUAAAGAGGUUGAAACACCUCCAGCUAAACCUGAGGGUGACGAUAAUAAGGAUGAAGAAGAUGAAGUACCGAAGUUACCUCCCUUAUUUAUAACAGAAUUUGUUCUAGAAACCGCACAAUUAUUGUUUUCACCAGACGUGGAUGAUUUCCAGGACGGUAUAGCAGAAGUAAUUAAAAGAUUUCAGGAUGCAGUACUUAGUGUACAGAACUUGGUGCCAGAUUCUUAUUUUGAUGCAUUUACUAGACCUAUUAUUAAUAAUAAGUUUGAAGAGAAAGCAGUUGGUGAUGGACCAAGUCUUUCCACCAUGUUUGAAGAUGAUAAACAUUUACAGACAAUUAUACAUAACAUCCGGGAUGCUAUCUUUGCGGCAUUUAAUGCAGCUAGUCAGUAUGCUGAUACGUUUGAACCAUUCCGAGAAUUUUUCCGUGAAAAUGAGAAUAUGGACUUGGAAGCUGUGAAGAGAGAAGAACAUGAGGUGUCGUUCUUUGCCAAACAUUUAGAGAAGUAUCAUAAACAACACAAUAUGGCUGAAGGUAUCGUAGAGAAACGACCUAUUGGAAUGUUAUUAGUGGAUGUGGUCAAAAUGAGAAGUUUACUCAUCCCCUCUCCCCUGCGAUGUCUUGAUGUAAUAAAUAACUUAUUACCAGUUAAGGCUCGUAAGGAAGUGGAUCGGCUUAUAGCCGAGUUACAGGAUGGUCAGUUUAAACUAGAGAUAGGACCAACCACUACCAUAGAGUUUGUUAAAAAUCUCACAUUCCUUGAUGAAAUACAAGUCAGAAUUGAUCCAUUAGAGAAGGAAGCUAUGAUAGUAAAAGAUAUGUAUGAACUUAUAGAUCAGUAUACAGUACCAACACCACCAGAAGAUUUUGCUGUUUAUCAGACACUUGGACCAUCAAUAACAAAUGUGAGAAAUGCUAUAGAUAAAGCAUUAACAGAGAGAGAUGCCAACAUAGAUAAAUUCUGUUCACAUCUAGAUAAAGAUAUUGCAGAAUUAGCUAAAGAUGUUAAAGAAGUUAAACAAGAAGCACAGAAUCCUAUGAUAUUAGAUCCUAAUGCUGAUAAAGAGAAGGUUCAAGGUUUAUUAAAGAAAUUAUUGAACCAGAUGGAUGAUUUACAGAAAAGUGCCUUUACUUAUAAAUCAUAUCAGAAAAACUUCAAGGUUGAGGUUACUAAGUUUGAUGCAUUAGAAGAAGCACAUGCUGAGCUCAAGUUGAAGGAGCAGCUUUGGAAUGAUAUAGAUGAGUGGGAUAAUCUGUUACAGGAAUGGACAGAGGCGCCAUUUGAGCAGCUAGAUCCUGAACAGAUGAAUACAACCACCACUAAAUAUUCUAAGUCUGUCCUUCAAUUAGAAAAAGGUCUUCCUCCUAAUGGAGUUGUACCUAAGCUCAAAGGGAAAGUAGAAGUUAUGAGAGAGAGGAUGCCAGUCAUCACUGAUCUCCGUAACCCAUCCCUUAAACAACGUCACUGGGAAUCUAUAGAAACUAUUCUGGAUUAUAAAUUCUCAUCAGAGGAACCUCUUACAUUGGGUAAACUAUCAGAGAUCCAUGCCUUUAAAUAUGCUGAAGAAUUACAAGAAAUAUCAGGACAGGCCUCAUCUGAAGCCAGCUUGGAGGGAAUAUUGAAAAAGGUUGAAGAUGGAUGGAAGUCGACAGAGUUUAUGGUUCUACCACACAAAGAUUCUAAAGAUGUAUUUAUAUUAGGUGGUACUGAUGAUAUACAACAGUUAUUAGAUGAUAGUAAUAUUAAUAUAGCUACUAUAGCUAGUUCACGGCAUGUUGGACCUAUUAAAUCACGUGUUGAUGAUUGGGUUAAACAGUUGGAUCUAUUUGAUAAAACAUUGGAUGAAUGGUUACAAUGUCAGAGGAGUUGGUUAUAUUUAGAAAGUAUAUUCAGUGCUCCUGAUAUUCAACGUCAGCUACCAGCAGAAGCGAAGAUGUUUAUGCAAGUUGAUAAAUCCUAUAAAGAUAUAAUGAGAAAAGUGAAUAAAGUUCCACUAGCUGUUCGAGCUGCCACUCAACCAGGUUUAUUGGAAACUUUCCAGAAUAACAACACAUUAUUGGAUCAGAUUAUGAAAUGCCUAGAAGCUUAUCUAGAAUCAAAGAGAGUUAUGUUCCCAAGAUUCUAUUUCUUAUCAAAUGAUGAAUUACUGGAGAUAUUAGCUCAAACCCGUAAUCCACUGGCUGUACAACCACAUCUACGUAAAUGUUUUGAUGCUAUACAGAAACUAGAGUUUGGUGUACAACAAUCAUCACCUGAUGGCAAGGCUAGUCCUGAUGAUGGUGAAGAGAAAGAAAUACAAUAUACUAAUGAUAUAUUAGCUAUGAUAUCACCUGAAGGAGAGAAAGUUAGUCUAGGACGAGGUUUGAAAGCUAGAGGUAAUGUAGAAGAUUGGUUAGGUAAAGUAGAGGAAGGCAUGUUUUCUAAUCUACGUAAACUGACAAAGGCAGCUAUAACAGAUUUUGAAAGACGUCCAAGAGACGAAUGGGUUGUCAGUCAUGCAUCUCAGGUUAUAUUAACGGUUAGUCAGAUGAUGUGGUGUCGUGAUGUACAUGAAAUAUUAGAAGGUGAUUAUGACAGAAAAGAUGGAAUGAAAGAAUUUGAGACAAAGAAUUAUAAGGAUUUAAACAAGUUAGCUUGUAUUGUACGUGGUGAAUUAACUAAAUUAGCUAGAGCAGUGCUAUGUGCUCUAAUUACUAUAGAUGUACAUGGUAGAGAUAUGAUAACAGAAAUGGUCCGAGUUGAGGUGGAUAGUAUCAACAGUUUUGAAUGGCAGAAACAAUUACGAUAUUAUUGGGAUAAUGAUAUAGAUAAUUGUGUAGUAAGAAUGUCAAACUCAGUAUAUGAUUAUGGUUAUGAAUAUCUUGGAGCUUCACCACGAUUGGUUAUUACACCUCUUACUGAUCGUUGUUACUUAUGUUUAAUGGGAGCUCUACAGUUAGAUCUUGGUGGUGCACCUGCUGGUCCCGCUGGUACUGGUAAAACAGAAACAACGAAAGAUUUAGCUAAAUCACUAGCUAAACAAUGUGUGGUAUUUAACUGUUCAGAUGGUCUAGAUUACAAGAUGAUGGGAAAAUUUUUCUCUGGGUUAGCUCAGUCUGGAGCUUGGUGUUGUUUUGAUGAGUUUAACCGUAUAGAUAUUGAAGUACUCUCUGUCAUUGCUCAACAACUUAUUACCAUUAGAAAUGCUAAAUCACAAAAGUUAUCACGUUUCAUGUUUGAAGGACGAGAAAUCAAACUAGUAAAUACAUGUGCAGCAUUUAUUACAAUGAACCCAGGUUAUGCUGGUAGAACAGAAUUACCAGAUAAUUUAAAAGCUCUAUUUAGACCUAUAGCUAUGAUGGUUCCAGAUUAUGGAUUGAUUGCUGAGGUUAUUCUAUACUCAGAAGGUUUUGAAUCAUCUAAAACAUUAGCCCAGAAGAUGGUCCAGAUGUAUAAAUUAUGUUCUGAACAAUUAUCACAACAAGAUCAUUAUGAUUUUGGUAUGAGAGCUGUAAAGUCUGUAUUAGUGAUGGCUGGUGCUUUAAAGAGACAGAAUCCUGAUAAACAAGAAGAUGUUGUAUUAAUCAGAGCUUUACGAGAUAGUAACUUACCUAAGUUCUUAGCUCAAGAUGCGAUAUUGUUUCAGGCUAUUUUAUCUGAUUUGUUCCCAAACGUAGAGAUACCAGAACAUGAUUACGGUAUUUUACAAACGGAGAUGGUUAAAGUACAAACUGGUAUGAAAUUACAACAUGUAGAAAGUCAGAUUAAGAAAGUUAUAGAAUUCUAUGAAACAAUGAUAGUAAGACAUGGUGUUAUGUUGGUUGGACCAACUGGUGGAGGAAAAACUACCAUCUAUAAGAUAUUAGCGGAGACAUUAACAAAUCUACACAGUAUGGGAUUAGAUAAUUCAUUUUAUCAACCUGUACAUACUUAUGUAUUAAAUCCUAAAUCUAUUACUAUGGAUGAACUAUAUGGUGGUAUAAAUAAACUAACAUUAGAAUGGCAUGAUGGAUUGAUGGCUUUAACUGUUAGAGAAUGUGUUCAGAAUACAACAGAAGAUCAUCAAUGGAUUAUAUGUGAUGGACCAGUAGAUGCCUUAUGGAUAGAGAAUAUGAAUACUGUAUUAGAUGAUAAUAAGAUGUUGUGUUUAGCUAAUAGUGAACGUAUUAAAUUAACACCAUAUAUACAUAUGUUGUUUGAAGUACAAGAUUUAGCUGUAGCAUCACCAGCUACUGUCAGCAGAUGUGGUAUGGUGUAUAUUGAUGCUGAUCAACUAAGAUGGAUGCCGUCUGUUCUAACAUGGUUAGAAAGUUGGAAACAUAAACUAAAGGAAGAAACACAAGAAUACCUAUUAGAUUUAUUCAAGCGAUAUAUUGAUAAUGGUCUCAAAUUUGUCGAUAGAAAAUGUACACAGACUAUUGUACAGGUUGACAUAAGUAAAGUGAUGACAGUAUGUAAAUUGAUAGAAUCGUUAUUGUUUCCACCUCGUGGUGGACCAGAUUUGUCUCAAGAUCCAAGCAAACUACAUCCUCUCAUUUGUACCACAUUUAUAUUUUCUUAUCUGUGGUCUAUUGGUGGUAAUCUGUCUGAGGAUUACUGGGAUGCCUUUGAUACAUUUGUUAGAAAUCAGUUUGAAGAUAAUAGUGAUGCCAAGCUACCAUCUGGUGGUGAUCUAUGGGGUUGUUAUAUGGAUUUUGAAACCCGACGAUUGGAUUCAUGGGAGAAGAUUGUACCACAGUUUAAGUAUAAUAAAGAGAUUCCAUUUUUUGAGAUGUUAGUACCCACUGUUGAUACUGUACGAUUUGGAUAUUUAUUAGAGAAGCUUAUCUCUGUCAGACGGUCAGUUUUAUAUACUGGUGGAACAGGUGUGGGAAAGUCUGUUAUUGCUAGAGGUUUGUUAUCUGGUAUAGCAGAAAGACAGAAUUAUGUUCCUAUAUUUAUCAACUUUUCUGCUCAAACCAGUAGUCAGAGAACACAGGAGAUGAUAGAAGGAAAAUUAGAAAAACGUCGAAAGGCAGCACUAGGUGCACCACAAGGAAAGAGAGUAAUAAUAUUAAUAGAUGAUUUAAAUAUGCCUAAACAAGAUACCUAUGGUUCACAACCACCAAUAGAAUUAUUGAGACAAUAUCAAGAUUUUGGUGGUUUCUAUGAUCGAGAGAAAAACUUCUGGAAAGAUAUUGUGGAUGUAACAUUAACUGCUGCAUGCGCUCCACCUGGUGGUGGUAGAAAUCCAGUUACACCUCGUAUGAUGCGACACUUCAGUAUGUUAUCUAUACCCUCACCAUCAGAACAUAGUCUUAAAAUCAUGUUUAAUUCUAUCUUGUCUGGAUUUUUAAUGGAUUUCCCCCAUUCAGUACGACAAAGUACAGAAGCUAUUGUAUCAGCUGCUGUAGAGAUGUAUUUUAAAAUGAAGACAGAUUUAUUACCUACACCAGCUAAAUCACAUUAUGUUUUUAACUUGAGAGAUUUAUCUAAAUGUGUACAAGGUAUUUUACAAGCUGAUCCUGGUGUUAUUAGAGAUAAUAAACAAAUAUUCCGUCUCUUUUGUCACGAAUCACAACGUGUAUUCCAUGAUCGACUUAUUAACAGUGAAGAUAAGAUGUACUUCCAUCAGAUCAUGUCUGAACUAGGAAAUAAAUAUUUUGGCGAGAAUAUUGAUCCAGAAAGUUUUGUAACCAGUCCUAUAUUAUUUGGAGAUUUUAUGAAGAUGGGAGCCAAUAAAGAAGAUAGAAUGUAUGAAGAAUUGGAAUUAACAAAAGUUAAAACAGUUUUAGAAAAUUAUUUAGAUGACUAUAAUUUACAAUCAUCUAAAGAGAUGAAGUUGGUAUUUUUUUUGGAUGCUAUAGAACAUGUAACACGUAUAGUACGUAUGAUAGAACAAGAGAGAGGUAACGCCCUGUUAGUUGGUGUCGGUGGUACCGGUAAACAAUCACUUACUAGAUUAGCAGCUAGUAUAUGUGGAUAUCAAUGUGUACAGAUUGAACUAUGUAGAGGAUAUGAUUACGCUGCCUUCCAUGAAGAUUUAAAGAAACUUUAUUUCUUAGCUGGUGCAGAAAAUAAAAACACAGUAUUCCUCUUUACAGAUACUCAGAUUGUAGUAGAAGAGUUUUUAGAAGACAUCAAUAAUAUAUUGAACUCGGGUGAAGUGCCUAAUUUAUUUGAACCUGAUGAAUAUGAAAGGUUAAUUAUUGGAUGUCGACCAGCUGCUAAAGAAGCCGGUAUACCAGAAGGAAAUCGGGAUCUUAUAUAUGAAUUCUGUAUCAACAGAGUAAGAAAUAAUCUACAUAUUGUACUAUGUAUGAGUCCUGUUGGUAGUGCCUUUAGAGCACGAUGUAGAAUGUUUCCAUCAUUAGUUAACUGCUGUACUAUAGAUUGGUUUAUAGAAUGGCCUAAAGAAGCUUUGUUAGGUGUAUCAAAAUCAUUCUUUGAAAGUGUUGAACUUGGAAGUGAUGAACUGAAGGGUAGAGUAUCAGAAAUGUGUGUUGAGAUACAUGUUAGUGUAAGUCAGAUGGCUGAGAGAUUUUAUACAGAGUUAAAGAGGCGUUACUAUACAACACCCACAUCUUAUCUAGAGUUGAUUAAUCUAUAUCUUACUAUGUUAGCAGAAAGAACAAAGAUAUUAAAGAAUGCUAGAGAUAGAGUAAAGAAUGGUUUAUUAAAGUUAUUAGAAACUAAUGAUGUAGUCGAUAAAAUGAAGGUAGAGUUAGUUGGAUUAGAACCAGAACUAAAGAAGAAAUCUGAGAGUACUCAAGUACUCAUGGAACAUCUGGUGGUAGAUCAAGAGAAAGCUGAUGCUGUACGUAAAGUGGUAAUGGAGGAUGAAGCUGUUGCCAAAGUCAAAGCAGAAGAAACACAAGUAAUUGCUAAAGAUGCUCAAAAAGAUUUAGAUGAAGCUUUACCUGCUUUAGAAGCAUCCAUUAAGGCAUUAGAUUCACUAGAUAAAAGUGAUAUUGCAGAAAUUCGUGUCUUCUCUAAACCACCAGAACUUGUACAAACUGUCAUGGAAGCUGUGUGUAUUCUAAUGGGAGCCAAAACUGAUUGGGCUUCAGCUAAAGUACAGCUUGGUGACCCUAAUUUCCUGAAAAAGUUAUAUGAAUACGAUAAAGAUAAUAUUCCAGAGGGUAUGCUGAAAAAGUUAAAGAAAUAUAUUGACAAUCCCAAAUUUAUACCCGAAGCUGUAGAGAAAGUAUCCAAGGCUUGUAAAUCUAUGUGUAUGUGGGUAAGAGCUAUGGACUUGUAUGCUCAUGUCUUCAGAACUGUUGAACCUAAAAGACAAAGACUAGCAGCCGCAGAAAACGAACUCAGUACUACAAUGAAGAAAUUAAAAGAGAAACAAGACCAAUUAUCAGAAGUAGAGGCUAAGAUUGCAGAGUUACAGAAGUCAUAUGAUGAUAGUGUAUCCGAGAAACAAAAAUUAGAGAGAAAUAUAGCUACUACUGGUGCUAGAUUAAAACGUGCAUCUAAACUAACUACUGCAUUAGGCGACGAACAGAUCAGAUGGGAAGAAAGUGUUAAGCAAUUUGAGAAAGAAAUAGGUAAUGUGAUAGGUGAUGUAUUUAUAUCAGCGGCCUGUGUGGCAUAUUAUGGGGCAUUCACCAGUAAUUAUCGUCAAGAACUUGUUGCGGCAUGGACACAAAGAUGUCAGGAAUUAGAAAUACCUGUUACAGAGGGUAUGACCCUUGAAAAAGUUCUUGCUGAUCCGUUUGAGAUUCGUCAAUGGAAUUCAGAUGGAUUACCUAGAGAUCAAGUGUCAACAGAAAAUGCCAUCUUGGUAACUAGGGGCAGACGGUGGCCAUUGAUGAUAGAUCCACAAGAACAGGCUAACCGUUGGAUUCGUAAUCGGGAAUCUAAAAAUGGGUUAAAGGUUAUUAAAUUAUCUGAUGGCAAUUUUUUGAGAACAUUAGAAAAUUGUAUACGUAUUGGAAUGCCGGUGUUAUUAGAAGACCUAGCAGAAACAUUAGAUCCAGCUCUAGAACCAGUUCUACUAAAACAAACAUUCACUUCUGGUGGUCGUUUAUUAAUCCGUCUGGGUGAUAGUGAUAUAGAUUAUGAUCGUAAUUUCCGUUUCUACAUGACAACCAAGAUGUCCAAUCCACAUUAUUUACCUGAAAUCUGUAUUAAAGUUACUAUCAUUAAUUUUACUGUUACUAAAUCUGGAUUAGAAGAUCAACUUCUUAGGUAA